AUGUCUACAAUAGGAGCACCCUACCCAUCUCCUGAGGAGCGUUCGCGGGCAGUAUUGGUACAAAAUAUAAGCCACGUUGCGACUUCCGCAGCGAUCGAAGAGUUCUUCUCAUUCUGCGGUCCUGUUGUCGACCAUCGCUUACGUACUGUUCCACCCAGCAAGGCAGGCGAAGACCCAACCUUGGAAGCCGUGGUCAUUUUUGCAGACGACCGCGUGUGCGAAGACGCCCUCGUCAUGAACGAAUCAUCCAUCGUCGACCAACCUGUGUCCAUAACUCGCGUGCCGCAGGACUACGACUUUAACAAACCCAUGUCUGAUAGUCUGCCAACAGCCACUGCCCAACCGCAAGGAAUGUUUGGCGGGUUUUCUGCCUUUGGAGACCUGUUCGCUGGCGUGGGCAGUGCCGUCGCAACUGAAGUCGGCAAAGCCGGCAAAAUGCUCGACUCUGCCACGGACGGCGGGGUACUGAAGCAAGCGAAAGACCAGGUCGCGCUUGCAACGCAAAGGACACGCGAUUUUGCUGUGGACUUGGAUGACAAGUGGCAUGUGCGGAAUAACAUUCUAAAUGCGGCCGAAGUUGGGAAGGCAAAAGCAUCGGAGGUCGCAAAUGUCGUCGCAACGCAAACAACUUCAAUGGCUACAGAAGUUGACAACAGACUGCACAUAACCGAAAACACAGGCAAGCUGGCGGAGAAGGCCCGCGAAGUGCCUGCUGUUAACCAAGGUGUCGCCGCGAUAACCGGCGGCUUCCAAACUCUCAUGGCUCAAACGGGCCUUGCGCAGCCAGAGCAUGGCAAUGCACCUACAACGCCCGCCGCCGGUGCUACUUCAGGAGCGCAAACAGUUCAAGAAGCCCCAACAGCAACGCAAUCACAAUAGCGCCGGAAUAGAGAGUGAGCAUCCUGAAAGCUUGUAGGCAUUUGCUAUCGCAUUUCUUCUGGAGCAUCGGUUAAGCGUAGCGCAACUGCAUGUACAAGAAGUUUACUCAUCUGGUGUAUAGCGACUGCCCUCACUCCUCAUGUUUUCAGAUAACUUAAAUCUCCCUUCGCGUGACAAAGUUCUGCUGCAGCCUUUGUGACUUUCUUCGCGAGAUCUCUCACGUCAACACUAAUUCGUUGGUAUGAAGCGCACUGCCGCAAACGCUUCAACGCGCGCGAGCUAUCCUCAUCCUUUUCUGGGACAGUAUAUUCAUUGAGAAUAUUUGUACUUCUUCGCACUGUCUCUUGAGCAAACCGGGUCGCAGAGGUGCGCCAGUGCGAAAGGAAGGCUUGUCUUUCACUAGACGAAAUUGGAUUAAAAUGCUUGACGCAAGAUGAGAACACCUCAUCAUCUGGUUGACUCCAAACGUAUGAA